AUGUCGACCCUCUCAGUCCGCGCAUCUCUCGUUGGCGUUGCCGCCUUGUUGGCGUUUGCAGCUGCGCUUCAGGACGGCUCGAGCGUCUCGUGGCCAUCACUGGAAUUUCGCUUCUCGGUCAAGCGGGUGGCCACCCAAAUCCAUGGGUACUCUGACUUUUCCGUGUUCGCCAACCCGAGGGUGUUGUCCCGUGCUACCACGCACGUGCUCUACGACACGUUCACCUCGUUCACCGAAGACAAUACGGUCUUCAACUACUCCCUCGUGGACAGUGUAGCGUACGUCUGUCGCGAAUGCCAGGCCCAACGGGGUGACCUCUUGGUGAGCUGCAUGGACGCCGAUACUUUGCCGCCGAUCAAUUCGAUCGUGACAGCACUCUGUGACGCCAAGCCUGCUUCGAAAAUCACGGCGGGUGAUGGCAGCGUGAUCCCGUGCACAAGUGGCUACUCCUACAAGGUGUCGGUGGACGGCGUCGACUUUGGUAUGUGUUAUUAUGGGUCCCGGGGGUUCAAACUGUUUGGCAGUGACAUGGACAUCAAAGUUGAGUACAAGAAGAAGCGCCUGCCGAUCCAAGCACCAAAGCUCGAUGACCGCGCAAAAACGGACUGUGAACAGGUGGCGAUGCCAAGUCCAGUCACAUCGAUUGGAGAGUCUUUCUUGACUGGAAAACCUGUUUCUGCCGAAGAGCGAAUUCUGGAGAAAGCGUUUGGUGUUUUCUUGAAUGAUCAAUGUUCGUGCCAGUCCACGCCGCGUCCCUGCCUGUUUAUCCACGGUCUCGGAGUACAUGAGGAGAAGGAAGAAAACGUUGACUCGUUCGCGUACUGGGGCAAUUUGACAGGCCACACACCGUGUUGCACAUCGAUCAAGUACACCAAGCUCGACACGAUGAACAGUUCAUGGACCGACAAACUUUUGCAGGAGAAAGUUUGCGAUCGUGCAUUAUCGGUGAGCAACUCUAGCUACGGAUCUACAAUUGCUGAUACCAUCAUCAUUACGCACUCGAUGGGCGGCCUCAUGGUGGCUGGCGCGAUCGCCAACAAAAGGUGCAAGCUCGCCAAUAGUACGACCUGGGUGACCGCUGGAUCACCGUUACUCGGAAGCAUGGCGUCGGACUACGUUCAACAGUCCUGCAAGAACAACACCAAUCUUCUUAUGGAGACCUAUGCUGACCGGACACGGCUUUGCCCCGCAGGCAAAGGGAUCAAAUCGAUCGUGUACCAAAAUGAGAGCUUUUGUUCGCUCAAUUUGAAUACGCAGUAUAAGGCUGCACAGAAGGCUUACCAACGACACGUGUACGCAGCAAUGUGUAGCAACUCGUACAUCGGUGUCCUCUCGUCGUACCAACUUCGUUUCUGGGUCGCUGGCAGGCUUAUCCCGCACAAAUCACUGGAGAAUGACGGCGUGGUAGAAUUCAGCAGCUGCGCUGGUGGCAUUCCAGUGAGUAAGUUCGGCGACGACUACCGUAAUCGCUUCUACGUGACUGGGCUGAAUCAUUUCGACGUAUCCUUCAAAGCGGGCGACUCUCUUCUGGAUAAUUCUAAGAUGCCAGUGAAGUGGUUCGAGUGUCUGCUGUGA